UCCACCACCAUGCCAGUGACAGUAAAGACAGUGACAGGAGCGACCGUUACGCCGGAGGAGCGCACAUCAGCCAAGCGCGUGCUCGUCGAGUCGUUUCUGAGCAACCCCGAACACAUGGCGCUCUGGGCCCACUCAUCAGCGGCCAACACGGCCCUCAACGAGCGAUACAUCGACUACGCCCUGGACGCGGGGCACGAGCUCGCGCUUGCGCAGGUCGACGAUGGCGCGGUCGCAGGCGUCGCGAUCUGGGUGCGGCCCGGGGAGGACUUCAUGCCAGAAGGCCAGCGCCCGAUCAUCUUCAAGGAUGCGCUCGACGCCUUGCCUGCGGGGCACAAGGCCUUCUUCCUAAACGACCUGUGGCCCGUCUCCGGGGACAUGGUCGAGUCCGUCCUCCCAAACGCAGAGCACGAGUGGUGGUACCUCCCCAUGAUUGGUGUGUCGCCCUCCGCGCAAGGCAAAGGCGUGGGCAAGGCGCUGCUGGGCGCCAAAGUCGCCCAAGUGGCGGCCACCACGGGCGGCACACCAGCCCGCGGACCGCGCGCGAUCGCGCUCUACACCGAGUCGCCGGGCAACAUUGCCUUCUAUAACAAGCUUGGAUUUGCCCUCCGCGCGCACCAGAAGUACGACCUGCCCAGCGGCGAGGUGUGGGAGAACAUGUUUCUGUCGUACCCUGCUGAUGCGGCCGUCGGCGCCGCCUAG